GUGCAGUAGGGUGGCCGCUCCCGGCGGCGUGCAGAGCGAACGUCGGCGCAGGCGCCAAGGCUCUGGCAGUUGGCCAGCGCACCACUACGCAUGUGUGUCAACUGUAGGGUUGGGUGCUGGGGUUGCGGCUUUCGAUUAACCGCAGAUUGGAACAGCCUGAGAUCUGCUGGAGACAACUUAGGAAAUUAUCAUAGUGAGAAUACUAGCAUGGAUUGUUGAUCAUCUGAUGCUAUGAUUCUUUCCCAGGCACCACACCUGUUGGUGUUCAGAUGGAGCGGCACACUAGUCAUCCUAACAGAAAAGUUCCAGCCAAAGAGGAAGCUAAUGCUGUGCCUCUUUGUAGAGCAAAACCCUCCCCCAGCUAUAUUAAUCUUCAAGCAAGUUCCCCACCAGCCACUUUUCUGAACAUCCAGACAACAAAGCUGCCCUCAGUUGAUCACAAGCCCAAGGAAUGCCUAGGACUCCUGGAAUGUAUGUAUGCAAACCUCCAGCUUCAGACCCAGCUCACCCAACAACAGAUGGCUAUUUUGGAACAUUUACAGGCAUCUGUGACACAACUCGCUCCUGGGAGGGGAAGCAAUAACUCUUCUCUCCCAGCCUUAUCUCCUAAUCCAUUGUUAAAUCACCUGCCCCAAUUCAGUAAAUGAAUUGUGGAACAAA